AUGUGUUUUCCCCUCUUCUGGAUCCUCUCAAUCUCCUGCCUCACCGCCUGUUCGCCACCGCCACAACUUCCGCCAACGACAGCCACCUCUAUAAUCCAUUACCACCACCUCUACGUACCACUCCUUAAGUCGUGCUCGGCCAAACCUAGGCAAAUACGGCGAAUAGACUUUGCUUGGGCUGUAGAAAGAGAAGAUCCAAACAAGAAACAAAAGAAAGGCGACUCUAUUGCUAGCUCUUCCAAAGAUACAACAUCUUCAUCACCAUGGCCAUGGCAGAACAUGGUUGAAAAUCUAAAAUUGGCUCACCAAGAACUUUCUGUUAUCAUUGAUCUCAUUAACACUGUUGAAAUUAAUGAUGCUGUCACAGUAGCUGGUAUGACCAGACCAAAACAAUUACCUAAUGAACUUUUAUCUGACCUUGCAGUAUCUACAACAACAAAACUCCAAUGCUUUCGGCAACUUGGGAAAUACUUUAAGCAAUCAGCCAAAGCAUUAGAGAAACAAGUUGCAAAAGAAGCAAGAUUCUAUGGAGCUCUAAUAAGAUUGCAGCAGAAUUGGAAAGUUAAGAGGCAUAGAAAGGCUGCUUCUGCUGCUGGAAAUGAAGGUUUCUACAUUGAUCUGUUUGACAAUACAUUAUAUGAUCCAACAGCUAUAUUUCACCCUUCUUCAAUGUCAACUGUUCGUGUUGAACAUGAUAAUGCUGGAAUGCUUGUUUUAAAUCUUCCUUCAAAAGCAUGUCAUGUUUUUCAAUUUGGAUUUGUUGGUGAUGAUAUUCCAAAAAGAUCAAAUGGAAGAACACCAAAUCUAUCAAAUUCAGAGUUUUCUGAAGAAACAAAGAAAGAAGAUGAAACUGAUGAUGAUGAUGAUGAUGAUGAUGGUGUCAAGAAAAGGCAUUCUGAUCUUCGUGAAGUUCACAGAGCUGUUUUCAAUGAACAAGUUUUUAAUUUAAUAAAUCAAGAAGCAUUAAUUCAGGUUUUUAAUUUAAUAAAUCAAGAUGAGGGACGCUUGUUAUCGCUCCUUCCUCUGUAG